AUAACAGCAAUGAGGCUGGUCGACAUAUUUGCUCAGCUGCUUUGGUGUGUUGUUACUGCUGCUUUGUAUCAUGGCUCGUACUAAGCAAACUGCUCGCAAGUCAACCGGAGGCAAGGCGCCCCGCAAGCAGCUCGCCACCAAGGCAGCCCGCAAGAGCGCACCGGCCACCGGCGGCGUCAAGAAGCCCCACCGCUACCGGCCCGGCACCGUGGCCCUGCGCGAGAUCCGCCGCUACCAGAAGUCCACCGAGCUGCUGAUCCGCAAGCUGCCGUUCCAGCGCCUGGUGCGCGAGAUCGCGCAGGACUUCAAGACCGACCUGCGCUUCCAGAGCUCGGCCGUGAUGGCGCUGCAGGAGGCCUGCGAGGCCUACCUGGUGGGGCUGUUUGAGGACACCAACCUGUGUGCCAUCCACGCCAAGCGAGUGACCAUCAUGCCUAAGGACAUCCAGCUAGCCCGCCGCAUCCGCGGAGAGCGAGCGUAGUUAUACUAACAUCUUUCUUUGAGACUUAAACCAAAGGCUCUUUUCAGAGCCACCCACGUUUUCAGUUAAAAUGGCUGUAAAAAACACGGGACACUAACCUGAAGGGUGCAUAAGUCAGCUAAGCGUUAGAAACAAAAGAAAAUGCAUUCGGGUUAGGUGCUUUUGCUGAAUUUUCCCGCUAGAGGGUUAAAGAGACGUGAAAUAGGCAUUUUAUGAGCAUUAAAUACGGCUUCUGGAGCAUCAAAUCUGAGAGAAAGAGCUUUACCAAAACGUGGCUAAAUCAUUAAAAGAAAUGGGCUUGUCACUAUGAACUGUGCAGUUUGUCU